AUGGCUAUUCAAAAAGUUUUCGCUAGAUACGUCUAUGACUCUCGUGGUAACCCAACUGUUGAAGUUGAUUUAACCACUGACAAAGGUGUCUUCAGAUCAAUUGUCCCAUCAGGUGCUUCAACUGGUCAACAUGAAGCUUUAGAAUUAAGAGAUGGUGAUAAAUCAAAAUGGUUAGGUAAAGGUGUUUUAAAAGCCGUUGCUAACGUUAAUGAAAUCAUUGCUCCAGCUUUAGUUAAAGAAAAUUUAGAUGUUACCAACCAAGAAAAAGUUGAUGAAUUCUUAUUAUCUUUAGAUGGUACUCCAAACAAAUCUAAAUUAGGUGCUAACGCUAUCUUAGGUGUCUCUUUAGCUGCUGCUAAAGCUGCUGCUGGUGAAAAAAAUGUCCCAUUAUACCAACACAUCGCUGACAUUUCAAAAACUCCACAACCAUUUGUUUUACCAGUUCCAUUCCAAAACGUUUUAAACGGUGGUUCUCAUGCUGGUGGUGCUUUAGCCUUCCAAGAAUUCAUGAUUGUUCCAAACAAUGCUCCAUCAUUCUCUGAAGCUUUAAGAAUUGGUUCAGAAGUUUACCACAACUUGAAAUCAUUAGCUAAAAAAACUUACGGUCAAUCCGCUGGUAACGUUGGUGAUGAAGGUGGUGUUGCUCCAGAUAUUUCAACUCCAAAAGAAGCUUUAGAUUUAAUCGUUGCUGCUAUCAAGCAAGCUGGUUACGAAGGUCAAGUUUCUAUCGCUUUAGAUGUUGCUUCAUCAGAAUUCUACCACGAUGGUAAAUACGAUUUAGACUUCAAAAAUCCAAACUCAGACCCAACCAAAUGGUUAACUGGUGAACAAUUAGCUGAUUUAUAUGCUACUUUAGUUAAAGAAUACCCAAUUGUUUCAAUUGAAGAUCCAUUUGCUGAAGAUGAUUGGGAAGCUUGGACUCACUUCUUAAAGACUGUUGAUAUCCAAAUUGUUGGUGAUGAUUUAACUGUUACCAACCCAAUCAGAAUCAAAACCGCUAUUGAAAAGAAAUCUGCUAACGCUUUAUUAUUAAAAGUUAACCAAAUCGGUACUUUAACUGAAUCAAUCAAAGCUGCUCAAGAUUCUUACAAUGCUGGUUGGGGUGUCAUGGUUUCCCACAGAUCUGGUGAAACUGAAGAUACUUUCAUUGCUGAUUUAUCUGUUGGUUUAAGAUCUGGUCAAAUUAAGACUGGUGCUCCAGCUAGAUCUGAAAGAUUAGCUAAAUUAAACCAAAUCUUAAGAAUUGAAGAAGAAUUAGGUGACAAAGCUGUUUACGCUGGUGUUAACUUCAGAAAAUCUGUUGCUAUCUAA